UUUUUUUUUUUUUGGGAGAGGGGGGCGGACAAUUGUGCAAAUGAUGCCGGGUCCUCCAGCAAUUUAGAGCAGUCUGCUACAGUGACCAUUUCAAGCAAAAUGCGUAUUUAUUUAAUUACCUGUAUGUAUUUAUUCGUCUGAAUUUCUUAUCGUUUAAUACCAAAGACUAUCAAGGCUACACUACACACUCAUGUUGUAGCUAUUUCUCAAAAUCCUCAUUAUCAUUAAAAUGCAGAUGCCAGGGCGCUUAACGCACCUCACUGUUAGAGACAAAUGUAAGAAAUGAAUGUGUGUGAAUGUGUGCCUCUACUCAAUAUAAAAAUAAAAUGAGGAAAAUAAGGAAAAGAUAAGAACGUGCAAAAUCCUCUUGGACCCUCCACAUUUUGGCCACCAGUUCUUCCAGCUCCUUGCUUUAGGUCUCAGAAUUAUUCUCUGGCAACUGACUGUUGUCCAACUAGAGCGGCUCCAACUACCAGAGACAUACAGGGGCCAAGCACAAGCUACUCCACUUUAUUCGGUCUUGCCACUAAACAUGGCGACCUCCUUUGACGGAGAAAUGAUGCGCUACGCCGAGUAUAGGCCGAAAGAAACCUCCAGCAGCGACGCAGAGAUCGAUAAACGGAUGGGUGGCGCGCUGAUCGCUGUCGGUCUUGGUGUGGCUGCUGCAGGUUUUGCUGGUCGGUACGCCUUCCAGCUGUGGAAGCCUCUUGGGCAGAUGUUGUCGGAAACAGUCCGAAAGAUGCCCACACCAGCCUUCUCGUCGUAUUACAAAGGAGGCUUCGAGCAGAAGAUGUCCAAACGGGAGGCUAGCCUCGUCCUUGGCAUCAGUCCUGUGAGUACAAAGGCCAAAGUACGCGAGGCACACCGAAGGAUCAUGGUCCUUAACCAUCCUGAUAAAGGUGGUUCACCAUAUCUUGCUGCCAAAAUCAACGAGGCCAAAGACCUUCUGGACAAGGACAUGCAGCGGUGACCUCCGUUUACGACGACGAUGAUGAUGAUGGUGGUGUUUCCCAUCAUGCCUUGGACUGUCCUGACUGACGACGUAAUACAGACUUUCUUGUCACCACACAUCCAUUAUUUUCAUGUACAGUACGCCCCCCUGUUAUGUUGCGGGUCUAGUUGAUCCAUCCAUCCAUUUUCCGAAUCGCUUAUCCUCACUUGGAUUCGGGUUUGCCUCCCGUCAAAUUGACCCUCUAUGAAUAUAUGUGCAUGUCUUUGACAUUUGUUCAUAAAAAUGUACUGAAGUAUCAGAAAAUCAUGUACAGAGUUCCCCCGUUAUUCGCAGGGCUUACAAUCCUUACAGCCCCGCAAACAAGAAAAAAUCUGCAAAUAAUGGAUGCAGUAUUAAUACACUGAUUACACUGUCAGCAUGCAUGCCAAGAUAUAUUUUAGUGUGUAUGUUUAGCAUGCUUUGCAGCACUCAGGACCUCCAUAAUGCCGCAAAGCAUCCUGGGAGCGUGUAAAUAGCGUUUAAAGUGCAUGUUCUCUCAAUUAUUUCCUGAGCCAUUCUUUUGUUGUAUUAUUUGCUAGUUAUGCUAUUCUGUUGGCUGUGCUGUGAUAAUUUUUGUUUUUAUCUGACACCGUGAGCGUGAAUAUUGUCAGUAAUGACCUGUGUACACAGGCAGUGUGUGGGCCAAUGUAAGCUUGAUAUGAAAUUGAGUAAUUCUAAAGUAACUAAUCUUACUUGAGUACAAUAUUUGUCUACUUUCACCUUUACUUUUAACACUAAAAGUGAGUUGUACAAAUGA